UUUCUUUUCGUUCGUUUUCUCGAUUUUGAACUUGUAACCUUAAAUUUUGACGUAUUUUCCAAUCCCAUCGUAUAUAUCACUUCAGUGUUUUAUGCAUGAAUAUAAUUCUGAAUCUAUAAAGUUGCAACAUUUAAAGUAUUGAUAAUAUUUUUGUAGCUGAUACUAAAUAAAAAUUAAGCAACAAAUAUAAGAAAAUAACUGUUUCUACAGUUAGUUAUCGUUGAACAUGUGUAUGGACUGUGGACACGUCUGUUCGUAACAUUAAGCAACAUUGAACGAUAAAAGGACAUCAAAAGUACACUAGUACUCUAUAAAUAUCUAACUGAUAUUUAUUAUUUACAAAAUAAAACGUAGAAAAAGAUAAAUAAUACCAAAUAUAAUAUAUAUAUAAUAUUUGCUAAAAUUAAUGAAUUUCCAAAUUAGACGUUAAGCAAUUCUUAUUUGUAAAAAUGAUGCAUUUAAAAUUGAUCAAAAAUAUUUUACAUCUUAAAAGUAGCAAAUCAUUCUUAGAGAAGAGGCAAUCUCUUCUUCAAUCAUGGUCCACCUUAAAAUAUAAUGCCAAGUCAAAGAAAAAAUACGGAGAUGACGAUGAUUAUGACGAGCCUUAUAAAUUCUCAACAUCUAAAGCAGCAACAUAUCCUGCUAGAUAUACAAUUGACGGUAGAAGUCGACCAGUUUAUGAAAAACUAGUUAUAGCCUUAAGCAGUACUGUCUUUUUCAUAUACUUUGGCAUCUUGAGGGAAGAAAAUGAUAUUGAUGAAAUUAUGACGAGAAAUCUGGACCCAGAACUUGUUGCACGAAUAUAUGGAAAAAAAAAAGAAUAAAACAUGAAAUUGAUUAAUACAAUAGAAUCCAAUUUAGUUAACAGUGUUUAUUUUAGAAUUAAGUAAGAUAUAUACACAUAUAUGUUCUUUAUUAAAUAAAGGAAUCUACAAAUAGGAAUCUAUAAUGGAUAGAGCAAUUCACCCCAUAUUAUAUUGUUUAUUAUCUUAUUCCAUUCUAUGGGUGGAUGACGAUUAAUUGUGUCUGGUAUACACUUGUCCCAUGUAUAAUGCCAUGAUGCUACUACCAUUGUCAUUAUUAAUAUUAUUGGACCUUCUGUUCUAUCUGAAUAUACUUUAAUAUUAACAAUACCUAGAACAUACAAAUCGUGUAAUUUGUAAGUAAUCCAAUAAAUUGACAGCAUUUACAAUUAA